AUGGUGGAGACAUUGGAGCGAGCUGUUCUCUGCAUCUCCCCUCUCAACACCUCCUGUCAAUGGAUGCCUGGUACUCCCAAAGUCAUACUUAUCAAAUCACUGCUGUGCUGCAUCGCUCUGCUCACUGUGAUAUUCAACUUGCUGGUUGUCAUCUCCAUCUCCCACUUCAGGCAGCUCCACACACCCACAAACUUCCUCAUCCUCUCCCUGGCUGUGUCUGACUUGCUCGUGGGCGUCGCAGUGAUGCCGACCGCGAUCGUCGCCCUGCAAUCCUGCUGGUUUCUGGGUAAAACCACAUGUGCUUACUUCUACCUGCUCAGCUUCAUCCUCACCUCUGCCUCCGUCGGGAGCAUGGUUCUCAUAUCAGUGGACCGCUACGUGGCUAUAUGUAAUCCUCUGCUCUACUCCUCCAUGAUAACAACAAGCAGAGUUAUAACCGCUCUGUCUCUGUGUUGGGUCUGCUCAGUUUGGUACAGCUUUGUCAUACUGAAAGACCACUUCGCACAAACACGUGUGUCUAAUUCCUGCCACCAAGAAUGUAUACUUAACAUUCAUUUCAUUUCAGGUGCAGUAGACUUGAUGCUCACCUUUUUCGGCCCUGUCGCUGUCAUCAUGGUUCUCUAUAUGAGAGUGUUUGCAGUGGCCGUGUCACACGCACGCGCAAUGCAGUCUAAAAUUGCAUGUGUCAAAUUUAAAGCAGUAGCCAUUAAGAAAUCUGAGCUGAGGGCUGCAAGAUCUCUUGGUGUUGUCCUUCUUGUGUUUAUAUUGUGUCUCUUUCCAUACUACUGUGUUUCGCUGGCAGUGCAGGGCAACGUAGGUGCUAAUUCAUCAGCUCAAAUAUGGCUGUUUUAUAUUAACUCCACUUUCAAUCCUCUCAUCUAUGCCUUUUUCUACCCGUGGUUCAGAAGAGCUGUUACACUCAUUGUCAGUCUUCAGAUACUGCAGCCCGGUUCCCGUAACACCAAAAUAGUACAGACUUAA